GCUCCCGAUCCCAAGAUGGUCUGCUGGGGGCGACAAUCUCUGGGCUAGCUCGUGGGGCCUUUUCGCCGAAAGAGGUCCACGCGUGCAUUAAGCCCGUGACGCGGUUCGCAUCGUUUUGGUUUACAGGACUUGCGUGUGGAAGGGGACAAAAACCCUCGUGGUUUGUUCAGUAAACCCCCAAUGUGUGAACCCUCCCAGAGAGGUGAUACUGGUCAAGGGGUAAGAGACUGGAUCAAGCAGGUUUUGAAGCAAGAUUUGUCUUUCCAACAUAUAAAAGUCAUUUAUCCAACAGCUCCUGCCAGACCAUAUACACCAAUGAGGGGGUCUUUGUCCAAUGUGUGGUUUGACAGAUACAAGAUCUCUAAUGAUUGCCCAGAACAUACUGAAACCAUUGAUGUGAUGUGUCAAGCACUUAACAGUUUGAUUGAUGAUGAAGUUAAAAAUGGCAUCAGGAAAAACAGAAUACUGUUGGGUGGUUUUUCAAUGGGUGGAGGCAUGGCUUUCCAUUUGGCUUACAGAUAUCACCAAGAGGUGGCCGGAGUAUUUGCUCUUUCAAGUUUUCUCAAUAAAAAUUCAGCUGUUUACCAGGCACUGGAGAAGAAUGAAAGAGCACUCCCAGAAUUGUUUCAGUGUCAUGGAACUGCUGAUGAACUGGUUCUGUAUUCUUGGGGAGAAGAAACCAACAAAACGUUAAAAGCUCUGGGAGUAACAACUACAUUUCUGAGUCUACCAAACCUUUAUCAUGAGCUAAGCAAAAGUGAGCUAGAAAAACUGCAAUCUUGGAUUUUGAAAAAAUUGCCAGAAGAGUCUUGAUUAAAGAACAAUAAUGAAAAAUACUAUAGCAAAAGAGCAUUAUUUCUUAUUACUAGAUAUAUAUGGAAGUGGCAGUAUCUGCAAAAAUACAUAAAAUAGGUCAUUGAUAAUUUUAUACAGUGUAUUUCAGUUCUUCAUUUUUUAUUUCUGUAUCUCAAGUGAUAUCAAAUAGUCCUUCUCAUAUUGAAAAAGUUGUAGUACAUGCCAAGACUUGUCUAUAUAUUUCGGUCAAUUGAAGUGGAUUAACUCUGAUUUUAUUUCAGUGAAAUCAAUUUUGUGACUGUUUUCUUUGUCUACAUUGCAUGAUAAAUCGCAGCAAGUUAAAUAUUUUAAAAAGUUUAGUUAAAUAUUUCCCAGAUCCAUGUACGCAUAGUCCUCAAUUUAGAACCAUAAAUGAGCCAAAAAUUUCAAGACAGUUGUUAAUUGAGUUUUGCUCCAUUUUACAACCUUUCUUGCCACAGUUGCCACAGUAAAUCACUGCAGUUAAGUUAGCAACACAUUUGUUAAGUGAAUCUGGUUUCCUCAUUGACUUGCUUGUCAAAUGGUCACAAAAGGUGAUCACAUGACCCCAAGUCAUUGGAAAUAAAUGCAUGCCAGUUGCCAAGCACCCAAAUUUAGAUCACCUGACCAUGGGAAUGCUGCAACAGUUGUAAAUUUGAAAAAUGGUCAUAAGUCACUUUUUUUCAGUGCCGUUAUAACUUUGAAUCGUCACUAGACAAAUGUACAUCAAGUACUACUUUAUCAUUUUGAUUUACUUUGGACAAUUAAUCAAAAAUCAGUUGUCAUCAAGAGGUUUAUAUUAAUUACAUUUAUUCAGAUGUCUUUGCAUGCUUAAUUUGAAAGCCCAUUGAUGAGUAUGUUUCUCUUGGAAACGUUAAGAUGUGUGAGCUUCAACUUCAUCCUGCCAGAGAAUUCUGGGAAUUGAAAUCUACACAUUGCCAAGGUUGAGAAAUGAUGUCAUAAUUUAGGACUAGUCGAAUUUUUCAGUUUUCAGCUUCCAAACAUUAGGGGUGCUCAAAUGUUGUGACAUGCCUUGGGGAUUGUAAAGAUAUUUUGGUUACUUUAAUAUAAUUUAGAUGUGCUUGGUAAGUAACUACAUAAAUAUCAUAACUUUUUAA